UCCACGUCUUGAACAUGAAGGAGAGGGGGUGGGAAGGAGGAGAGAGCAACGCUCGUCUUUUGAAAAGCCUCUGGGAUUGUUUGGGUUCCUUAAUCCAGUCGAAAGAAGGGGGCAGGACUUUGAGCUGCCCUUAAUCGCUUUUCCCUUUGCCAAACAUCCCAGCGGUAAGAGCAGCGCUGGGCAGAGUGCGAGAGGGGAAAAGCCUGGCUUGCAAUAGCCCCCAGCCCCUCUGCCUGUGCCCUGAGGACGCUCCAGAGCGCUGGGAGGUGAGAGAAGCUGGCGCUCCCGCCCUGUGGCCCAUCUUUUCUCCUGCAAGUUUGCAGCGCAGAGGCGAUCUCUCCUCUGGGCCGUGCAGGGAGGAUUGGCAGCGCUGAUCUGAGUUCUCUCCCCCCGUCCCUGCAAGCUCAGCCUCCCCCUUGGUGAUCCCAGCGAAACCUGGGCUUUAUUCCCACCGGGCCUGGCACCGGGCCACUACACUUCUCGUGAGUCCCUGUGCCAAGGGGGCUUCUCUUUUUUCUCAAUGAGAGAUCCUUGAGCGUGGUGCCUUGGCAGGCGGAGGGGGAGCGUGGGAGCACGUCGGGGAUCGGCUGAGUUCAGGAAGGAUCAAGGGCUCUGUGCGAGCCCAGAAGCUCUGGCCCCACGGACAGACGGACGGACACGAUGAGCACGCAGCAGCUCAGCUGGAUGAGAUGCCUGCCAGCUGCCCUGUGGCUGUGCUGCCUGCUGCCUGAGGGGAGCUGCACCUGGAGCCUGGCAGGACUCCAGUACGCCACCCGAAGGAACUGGUGCUCAUACAUGGUCACAAGGACAGUUUCCUGCCAUGUCCAGAAUGGCACCUUCCUGCAGAGGGUGUUCCAAGGCUGCCGCUGGCCUGGGGGCUGCAACGGAGGCAGCUACAGAGCCAUCGUGAGACCAGCGUACAAGGUGGCCUACAAGACGGUCACAGCUCUGGAGUGGAGGUGCUGCCCAGGCCACUCAGGGGUCAACUGCGAAGAAGAGACCAUCAGCUACAUCGCCCCGCAGGAAACCGGACGUCCCAGUGCCCCCCUGCGCAGGCUCCCCCUCCGACCAGCAACUUACUCAGGGUGUUUGAAUUGCAGCAAAGUGGUAGAACUGACGGCGCGUCUCAACAGCCUGGAAGCCAAGGUGGCAUUGCUGUCAGCGGCAGAGCCUGCAACCUCCCCAGUACCCAACAGACACCUCGUAACCAAGGGGGCUGCCCCCUCGGAUUCCUACCAGCUCUGGGGGUCUCCAUCCACUCACGGGAGCCCUGGGGAUGAAGGUGUGAAAGGGAACCCAGGAGUGGGAGAGACGCUGCGGGGUGCCCUUCCUGGACGGGAUGGGAAACCUGGGCCCCAAGGACCCCCAGGCCCAUCGGGUCCCAAGGGAAAUGCUGGGAGCCAGGGGCCAUCAGGAAUCCCUGGAGCCAAGGGUCCCGCUGGACCGCCAGGCCCCCCGGGGCCGCCAGGGCGGGAUGGUGCCAGGGGCAUCCCCGGAGAGAAGGGAUUUCCGGGCCUUCCAGGGCCCCCGGGACCUCCAGGGCCCCCUGCCCCAGUGGGGCCUACAAUAUCCCGCAUCGCUGACCCAAGGGACCCGCUUCUGUCAAACACCUUCACUGAAUCCGGCAGCGUUGGCACCAUGGGGCCGGCGGGACCCCCAGGGCCUCCAGGGCCAAUGGGUCCUCUGGGCCCCCCAGGGCCAAUCGGGCUGCCAGGCCCUCCGGGGCACGAUGGUUUACCCGGAGCGCCAGGUGCUGACGGAGCCACCGGUCCCCCAGGGGAGAAAGGAGACAGAGGCCCUCCUGGCUCUCCUGGGAGCAGAGGCCUGGACGGGGAACAUGGGCAGCCGGGUCCAAAAGGCGAACAGGGGGACAAGGGCACCUGGAACCAGAGCCGGGUUCAGGCGCCGAACCCUUCCCCACUAGCGCCCCCAGCUUCCAGCGGGGCAAGCGCGACAGGCUGGCAGCCUACAGCAGCCCACACCAGCUGGCCCAGGCGGCCCAGGACGAGAGCAAGUGAAGAGGGGCAGCCACCCCAAGCAGGAGUCGUCUCCCCAAGCAUUAAGGCCCCCUUGGGUACCUCCCCUCCCCCACAUUGUUCUGGACUGUCACAUGAAGAAACGCUUGAGGAGCCUUCCCAGGCCAUGCAGCUGGCCGGCGUGACUCUAUUUAUUUGGGCUGUUUCUAGAGGCCUAUAACCAGUGCUAUGUGUGUACUAACUGCCCCCCUGCUGGCUGCCUCCUCAUGGCUCCCCUACCCCAUGUUCCCCUCAUUGUACUGCAGGGGGCGCUCUUAAUCUCUUGGUGCUAUUGUGUGGGAUGUCUUCUAGAUGACCUUGGCCCGUAGCUCCCUGGCGUGGCAGGGAUGGCAGAGAGGGCAUCGUUCUCCCUUCUGCCCCCAAAUGCAGAGGGUUUAUCCUGGGCGCUCCCCAGGAAUCCAGUCUUUGGCUCCCCCACUGGGGGGGUGCAGGGGAUGGUGCCUUGGCCCUUCCCAGUCCCCAGGGAUUGGCUCAGCUCCCGUGGAGCCAAGUUCCUGCCUUUUCCCCUGUGAAUCCACCCCCAGAGCAGGGGCAGCUGGGACGUGUGUAGCGCUGCCCAGCACUAGGCGCUCCACCAGUCCGUCACCCUGUUACGGGUUUGAGCCCCAACAGCCCCUGAACAGCUCUGCCCGUACCACUGGACACUGGCACUAAGGUGGGGUGGCCCCAGCUGAACCCUGAAAACCAAGCUAAGCAGGCUGAGCCUGGGUUGAGCGCACACCUGCUUGAACCCUGCCGGGCUGGGCCCUGCUGGCUCAGCCAGCCUGCCCUCGGCCUGGCUUCAGCAAAGGGUUAAUUACCCACGUGGCCACCCCCUCAUCUCUGAGUGUCCAGGCCUCAGGCCCAGGGGGCAGCUGUGGGGCUUCCACCAAACCAUGUGAGGAGCAGCCCGUGACCCAACAGCCAGGCCCCCACGCUGGCUGCUGUGCUGUGAAGGUGUCUGCGCAGAUAGGGAUGGGAUGCUAGAAGCCACUGAGGCAGGAGCACCCUGCCCCCAGGCAGUCUCGCUGGCUGCACCCACCAUGUGCCCGCUUCUUACACCCCAAAGGCUCUACCUGGAGCACCAGUUCUUCUGGAGCAGGGACAGCUACCAGGCAGGUCCCCUUCCAGCAUCCCCAGCUCCACCGUGGGCACCUUCCCCCAGGAAGGAGGGCUCUUGCACCCGGAGGCCAAAGUGUCACCAAGGGCAGUCGCCAUGGCUGGACACAGGCAGGGGUCAGGCCUCAGCUCCCUGCUCCACCUCCUUGAUCAGCAUCCCCUCGGCUAACGAUGGCUGGGGAGGGUGGAGACAUAACCCAAACCUACCUAGCAGCAGCACACUCUUGCCCCACCUCCCACCAUCCUUCCCUGUGGGCCCUGACUGGGAGAGCUGCUGUAAAAUGGGGAGAAAGGCCAGGAGCAAGGAAGUCUGGGGUCAUUAGCGGGGAGGCCCGUCUGAAACCAGCACCCAGUGCAACCCUGCCAACUGCGCAAGCGGCUGGGGAGGGAACCGGUCUUCGUAUUGUGUACUCGUGAUCCCGGCCAGCUGGGGACAAAUGGUCUAAAGGUCAUUAAAACGUGUCGCUAAGCUCCA